ACAUUUCAAUUCACGUCCGGUCCCAGCUUGGCUAGCAGCGCAUCGUCAAAGCUCAGCUGACUUGUCCAAACUUGCUUGAUACUCCGGCAACAAAGGUGUAGGCCUAGGCUUAUUUGGGCUCUGCAUGUAUUUUGUGUUUUGUUGUACUGUAUCAUUAGCCUAUAUAGACGGAUACCAUUAUAGACAUAUAAAUAUUAUGAAGAAUUAUUUGUUAAUAGUACUAAUUCUUGCUUGUCUGUCCACACAAAGCUUUGCUGGCAUUUUAAGUUGGAUGUGGAGUAAGUCUAGCCAGCAUGAUGAUGAAACCCGAGGUAAUAUAAAUGACCAGGUAGACGGCGGCGAUAAAGUAUCACUCGACCUGAUGAGAAGACGAGUCCCCUUCGAACUGAAAUCAGUGGAAGAGAAAUUUUUAUCAAGUGGAACAGCAUUAAUUCAAUUGUCCGAACUAGAUAGUUGUCAACAUAAGGUGAUAGCUGAUUUAAAUACAUUAUGCGAACACAUAACAGAAGAACAACUGGCAAAGCUUGGUGUCGCUCUUCUAAACUGUCAGUCAAAAGCAGAAGGCCGGCCCACCUAUGUUUGCACAGAGGAGAUGACCGUUUCAGAAUGUACAGGCCCAAUGGAUCCAAACACCUGGAAUGCAUACCACAUCGUUAGUAACCGAGCACGCUCAGUUUGCUACUCUGUACGACAGCAGCAAUUUCAAAGUAAAACUCAACAAACCGUGAAUAAUUUAGCAGCAAGUGCUGCGAACCAGCUGCAAAUUAUGAACUUCUUACAGGAAGGUCAAGAAACAUUAAAUGGAAUGGCAAAAGAGACAUUUGAAACAAUCUCUGAGAGUCAAGAAGAACUGAUGUCCAAGCAUGAGAUUUUAAAGACCUCUCAGACGGAGCUCCACCACAACAUUGAAGAGAACAUGAAGGAUUUGACAAGGGAAAAGGCUCUGAUUGCAUCAGGCCAUAAGGAGCUUGCUGAUAUGACGGAAACAAUACGCAAACAAUUAGAGAAUGCUACGCAGCAGCUUUUUGCUCAAGGGGAUGACCAUCGCCAGAAUCAUCAGGAACUGCUGAAAGAUCUGCUAAGUAUACAAGAUAAAGCUAAACAGGUCUGGAAUAAACUAGAUGACAACAUGGAGCAUGUUACCCUGCACCAGAAUGAGGCGUCCCAAUAUUACCAGGAUGCCAUGGAUAACAUGAAGAAGAUGAACGACACGGUAAUCUACCUCGUCAACCGCGUCAAUGAGAUGCAGAAUGGCAUCGAUAAACAGCUAACAUGGCUCUCAAACUUAGUGCAAAGCACAGGUACGAGCCUGGAUGUAGUGUCAAUUUGCGUGCAACAUGCAUGCUACUUUGUCCUUGCUGCUAUUGCAAUCACGUUCGUGUACACACCAGUGUUCUCACGCAUGAUGCUUCUGUUCCUUGUGCCCCUGAACGCAUUGGCUGAGAUUCGUCACAUGACAAGCUUAGAUUUUGCAUCAAUGACCUUUGUCCUCUUCAUCACAGUUAUCAUCAACUGGUUAGUUAUCUUGUUUUACAAUGUGAAAGAUCGAAACAAAGACCCAGUAUCUGUUCCUGUGCAUAAUCCAGUUCAUCAGUCACCUGUGGCUCUGCCAUCAACAUCACCAGUAGGCCUACCUGAAAGGUUCAAGUUAGACAAUGAUGUCAUUAACCUUGCCAGUUCAGAAUACUCCAGUAUUAGUGACAACACCUAUAUGCCAAACUCGACUAGAAUUCUUGCAUCAUCCUGUGAUCCAUCCUCUUCUGACACAACCCUCUCAACAAGUUCCAUGCUGAUGCCGAUUCUGGAGAGUACCCACAUGGAUAGUACUGCAAACCAUCCUGAUGUCACUCCAAUACCUACUGGGACAGAGUUUGCUGGAAGUUUUGGAAGUAGUACCUUCAAUCCUGCCAAAAGACAUCUUGGGGUUGUAAUGGAAAACGUCACAUCAGCAACUCCAAAUAGUAAAACUGACAGUGCUAAGAAAAGAUCACGAUCUGCAAGCCCCAAUCGCCUGCCGUGCAGUGGAUUUACCAAGACAGGACAGCCUUGCCGACUGCCUCGUGCAAUUGGAAAAGGGUUUUGCUACCGACAUACUGAAUAGUGAAAUGCAUCUAAUCCCGCUUUCAUCCAUCUCUAAGUCAGCAAAACACCUUAAAGAUGAAGCAUGUAUAUUUAUAGUGGUUCUACCAAGUCACUCAUUUGGCUUUAGCGUCACAUUGUCAAUAAUUAUCUUAUGAUCCAAAGCCAAAAAUAUCCGCAUUAAUUUUUUAAAUACUACAAAGCUAUGUUCUUACUAAGCAUGCACCAUCUACUGAAUAUGCUUAAAAAAAUUUGCAAUCUUUCUGGUGUAUGAAUUGAAUUUAUAAUCUCAACAAAAAUCGUUAUUGUUAGUAUACAUAUUUUUUUUAUGAACUUUUGUAUUUUUGAUAACCAAGUACGUACUGUACUGUCAUUUUUCAAAAGGCUCAGACAAUCUAAAAUGCAUUAAGGCCUAUCCUCCAAAUGUAGGCCAAUUUUUACCUGAUUUUUUGGUUGUAAAAAGUGGUGGAGAAGCCAUUUCCGGUCAUCUGAGGAGAUGUUAAUUUUCCUAAGGAAAUUUAAUGCCUGCCAUUUGCUCAUACUGUUCUUGGCUGGCAUCUGUGUAAUAAUUUAAAAUAAAAUUUAACCACCAAAUCUAGUAAACCGGUACACACCUAUAGCACAAAGGUAUUACAAGCCAGGCACACACUACUUCCAGUGGCGGAUCCAGGAAUUAGAGAUAUAGAGGGGGCAACUGCUCCCCCUUUUGAAUUCACCUAUGUCUUGGUACGACCAUUGGCUAACGAUUCCAUCUCCGCUCUCUGUGUGAGGCCUAGACAACAUGGUGCCAUCUGUUGACGGCAAACUGAACAGAUUGUCAUUAAAAACAAUCCCUGCUCAUGUGCCUUGUUGCAUUCUUUUUUGAAGCACAUGCCCGUUUUAGAUCGAGUAAUAUGGAGCUUUCAUUUUGCACGACAGUGCGACGUUAGAACGGAAUCAGUGAUGCAUGACCAUCCUACGUCCUCUGCACAACUAUGGAGGAAAGAAACA